AUGUCUGAGUUGUUUGCACCCGCACCUGAGCCUCCUACCGAGUUGGGCCGUUUAAACCUUUUGUCGAAAACCGCUGGCAUCAAGGUUUCUCCCUUGGUCUUGGGAGGGGCAUCGAUUGGGAAAGCAUGGUCUGAGAAGGAGAGUAGCUUUAAAUUGCUAGACGCAUACUACGAAGCGGGUGGGAACUUUAUCGACACAGCGAACAACUACCAGAACGAGGAGUCCGAGGCUUGUAUUGGAGAAUGGAUGGAAUCGAGGAAGGUCCGCGACCAGCUGGUGAUCGCUACAAAGUUGCGAUUACAAAUCCUAUGA